GUAGCUUAUAAGUCCUUGCAUUUGACUACUCCUUUCUGUUUUAAGUAGGUGGAGAUGGCUGCAAUCAAUGGCCUGGCUUAUGAGGAUGAAGAAAGUUCAUCAGAAGGGAUCAAAAUCCAGCCUCUCUCCUCUGCAACAAUGCCAGAGCAAUGGAAAGAUGAUGCAGGAAAGAAUCGAACACCCCUUACUUUUAGGGAUAGGCUGGGAAUAGAUGACUUUUAUGAUUUAAAUGUAUGGAGAGCAUCAAUUGGAGAAAUAUUCGGGACUGCAGUUCUUGUUUUCGCUGUUGACACCAUUGUGAUUUCCUCUGUUCAGACGGACACCAAAACCCCAAACGUCCUUUUAUCAAUCCUGGUCGCGAUCAUCGUCACAAUCUUACUUCUAGCCAUUCAUCCCGUCUCAGGCGGCCAUAUUAACCCCAUAGUCAGCUUCUCAGCAGGCCUAGUUGGGCUCAUCUCAAUGUCGCGCGCAGCCAUCUACAUUGCUGCACAAUGCAUUGGAGCUGUACUAGGUGCCCUGGCACUCAAAGCUGUGGUCAGCAGCAGUAUUGAAAACACAUUUUCACUUGGAGGAUGUACUGUGACAGUAGUCACACCAGGGCCAGAUGGGCCUAUUACAAUUGGGCUGGAGACAGGACAGGCCUUCUGGCUUGAGGUGAUCUGCAGUUUUGUGUUCCUGGUGGCUUCAAUAUGGAUGGCCUAUGAUAAGCGUCAGAAGAAGGAGCUGGGCCAAGUCAUAGUGUUUGCCAUAGUGGGUACUGUGCUGGGGCUACUAGUGUUUAUCUCGACUACGGUGACGGCCCAGAAGGGGUAUGCAGGGGCAGGGAUUAAUCCGGCAAGGUGUUUGGGCCCGGCGAUUGUGAGAGGAGGCCACUUGUGGAAUAGUCACUGGAUUUAUUGGGUUGGGCCUGGGAUUAGUUGUGUGGCGUUUUAUAUUUACACCAAGAUUAUUCCCAGGGAGCAUUUCCAACCUGCAGAUCUGCAGAGACAUGAUUUCUAUAAUGUGGUCAAGGCCUUUUGAGAGCUGAGGUUUUUAGCUGUGUGUAUUCAACUGGUUUUUUCAAGUAUUGCACCUCCUGGAUUAUGAACAAUAUAUAGUUUGUUAAAGAUUUGAAGAUAUUCUAUUGGUAAAUUUGUAAACAAUAAUCAAAAGCUCUUAAAAUUAUGUAAGUUUGGGUCCGAAUAGUGUUGGUGGAAAUAAG